AUGGAGGCUGCGAGGAGAAUGUUCCAGAAGAUUCGGGGACAGAGCCGAGUGGUUCGACGCGGCUACUUCACCAUCUGCGUCGGUCCGCAGAGGCAGAGAUUCGUCUUGAAGCUCGAGCACGCCAAUCACCCACGCUUUAGGACUCUGCUUGACGAUGCUGAGAAUGAAUAUGGUUCGUGCUCCUCCGUACAUCACGAUGGCCCUAUAUGCCUUCCCUGCCACGUUGAUGUGUUCUGCCGGACAUUGGCUGAGAUUCAGACCUCUGUUCCAGAUAAACGCAGUUGGGCUCGCCCGCUUUUCAAUAUUCUCACAGCAGCUCUUAAGUUUAGGAUCAACCAUCACUCAUAA